AUGUCACCUGAAUAUGCAGUGCACGGUCGAUUCUCAGUAAAAUCAGACGUAUUUAGCUUUGGCGUUCUUGUGCUGGAAAUUGUGAGUGGCAAGAGAAAUAGUGGGUUUUCCCGUGAAGAUCAACACCUCAACCUUCUCGGACAUGCAUGGACACUUUAUAAGGAAGAAAGGUCAUUGGAACUAGUUGACCCUUUUCUACUUGACUCGGCUACUCCAUUUGAAGUGCUUCGAUUAAUCCAUGUGGGCCUUUUGUGUGUGCAACAAUGUCCAGAUGAUAGACCAAGCAUGGGUUCAGUGGUUUCAAUGUUGGACAAUGAAGUUGUGUUGCCUCCAGCAAAUCAACCUGGUUUUUUCACAGAAAGAGAUGUAUUUGUAGUUAAAAGCACAACUAGCUUUUCAGCCAAUGAAGUAACCAUUACACAGCUGGAAGCACGAUGA